CAACCCACCGCCGCCUCUCCUCCAAUCACAGAAAUCGCCCAGGUCCCUCCCUUCCUGUGUCUAUACCAAUCUGUGGCCGCUCAACGACGCUUGCUAGCUUCCCGGUCCGAGCCUCGUCGCGUCUCGAAGCCACCACAAGAAGGCGUUCCUGUUGGGCAAGCUGCGGGGGAAAGCUGGAGAGAGAAGCGGACAGUUUUCUGGUCCUGCUGGAAAUAAGAAUUUUUGGUCCUUUCUCAGAUAAACUGCUCACUGAUGAAAAUCACAACCUGACGUUGACAGUACUAAUUGGAUAAUGCCUCCUACUUCUACCAAAGCACCUGUUCUGUAUCCGGAAGACAUUUCUGGAUUCCUGUGCCUGCCUCCUGUUUCUGAUGAUCUUCAAGUGACUUGGUCUCGGGCAGAGCUGACUGAGGAGUUGGAUGAUCACCCUCAGCUCAUCGGUACCUUUAGCUUCUUUCCAUACCCAAGCAUGCCAGAAAUUGCUUUACUUUCACUACGGUAUGGUUUACAAAUGGAAAAAGUGAAAAACUGGUUCAUGGUACAGAGAAUUCGCUGCGGAAUCAGCUGGUCUCCAGAAGAAAUUGAGGAGACACGGGCACGACUCAAUUAUAAUCAAGAGCAAUUGCAUUUCAGGCCGUUGCUAGCCCUAGCCAAAAAGUCUAAUGUUCUUCGAUCAGAUGAGUUUUCAAUUCCUGCUCUAAAAGAAAGAGCAAGGCAAGCCAUGGCCUCUCAUUCUUCUUCAUCACCAGAUUAUAAUACCCCAGAACCUAAGAAGAUGAGAUUAAGCUGUAAAGUUCCAGACAAAGAACCUGUUGGAGUAAACGAAAGUACCCCUUUACAAGGAUUAAAACGCUCUAGUAGGGACAUUACAGGUGAUUCUAAAUGCCAUUCUCCUAUGUCAAAUGCUCGUCCAAAGAAAAGGAAGGGUCCUGAUAAUCUAGUUAAAGCAUCUGACACGGCCAUGGUUUUGGAAGAGGAUGGAAGAGACCUGAACGCGUCUGUUUCAUAUUAUCCCUCUGAGGAAGAACAAAUGUCGUCGUCUUGGAAUAUGAGCAAUGGCGAAGAAGUGCAAGUGUCAGGUUAUAUUGAUCACAAUGGAAACCUUAGGAGAGAGGAUAAUGUGCCAGGUAUGAAGCGCCAACGGAAAAGUAAGCAACAGUUGCAAAUUCUCAAAUCUUUUUUUUUGAAGUGCCAGUGGGCUACCCGUGAAGACUACAUGAGGCUUGAGGAAAUUAGUGGACUACCAAGAGCAGAUAUCAUACAAUGGUUUGGAGAUACACGCUACGCCAUUAAACAUGGCCAGCUGAGGUGGUUCCGUAACAGUAUGCAAGAGCGUCCCGCCUGGUUAGAUGACCCGCAGCAUUUUGGUAAUGGAAGGCUAAGUGAUGUUGGGUCACCAGCAAUGUCUUCUGCUGUAGAGGUGCCCGAUGAUGAUGAUGAUGUGAUCGCAUCAUCUAGUCAACAUUCAGGAAACACUGUAGUAAGUGAGGACAUUUCUGAUGAUGAACCAUCUUUUUCUGGCAAAUCAAAACUUGUGCAAAAAGUAUCCAAUUUUAAACUUCGUGUAAAAAAUUGUUCAAAAUCUAAGACUCAACGCCCUAUUUCAUCCUCCCUUCAAAAAAAAUAUGAUAUUUUGGAAAACUACCUUUGUGUACAUAAUCAGUUCAAUGUGCAAGACUUGGGGGAAUUGGUUACAGCAUCUGGCUUAAGCCCUCAGCAAGUACUGCGCUGGUUUUCUUAUAAAACAAAGGAACCAGAGGAGGUUGAAAUCUGUGUUGUUGAAGAUGAGGAUGAUGAUGAUGAUGUUGUUAUCCAUGACUAGUGUGUAACUGUUUUAACCAGUGAUGUGGAAAUUUUAAUAUUCAGUACAGGUAUCUAAUUAGCAAUAGACUGAAUACAAAAAAAAAAUCCAUAUGCAAUAAAACGAUUUGUUGCUAGAGCUCACAAUAUAAAACAUAUUUAUUUUUUUCACUAAAAGUUUUUAGCUGGUGUGUGCAACAAAUUGGUGAUGGAAUGAUAUUCCAUAUGUUAUGUUGGUUUGCAAAACUACUGUGAAGAGUUUCCACUAUUUUCUCUAUGCCUUGCACUAGUACUGUUCCCCAUUGGGCAGUGGUGCUGGAUCUUGUUUUCUGCCCUUUUUAGAUGUUCAGUGCUGUAGACAAUGUACUGCUUGAAGUUUUCCUACAGUGGUCCAUCAAAAAUGGCUAUUCCUUUUGGCAUUUUAUUGGUUGCAUGGGCAGUCCCUGAGGUGUGUGUGAUAAUAUAUAUUAUUCUCUCUCCCUCCCCUAAGAGGUAGCUGUAUGUCUGAAAAUUUGUAGAUGACUAUUGCGUGUGUAAGGUCCGUGUGUUUUUUUU